GCAGCGCGGCCGCGGGAAGGCAUGCCCGGCUCCGCGCCCGUGCCCGGCGGCGGGAGGUGAGCGGCGAUGCCGCGCAGGGCGGAGCGGUGCCUGCAGAUCGCCCCGCACUCCCUGGCCAUCGUCCUGGGCGCCGCGGGCGGGGGGCGGCCGGGGGGCGGUGGGGGUGCGGGGCCGGCGGCGGAGCUGGGCCGACACCGCAUCGGCUACGAGAUCUUCGCCGACUUCAAGCGGGAGAACAUGCAGCACUUUUGGGACCGGCGGGCCACGGCGGCGGUGGCCGAGACCUUCUUCCUGGGCUGGAUCGACGAGCAGGUGCUGCUGGUGCAGGGCAAGGAGGAGCACCUGGAGGUGCUGCGGCAGGGCUGGGCGCGCCGCUCCCUCAAACCCCCCAGCGGCUUCCACAUCAAAUGCCUGGAAUACAAAAAUCUCUGCACUCAGGAGAAAUGCUCAGAACAACUUCUACAGAGAGGCAAGCGCAAGUGGUGCCUGCAUAAACCUUCAUCUGAACAGGGCAAUGGGAAAUUGUCUCUGGGUGCACACAGUAUAUCUGAUUACAAAGACCUGGAAGGGAAAACUAGUGCUUCCUACAGCCAAGGACAGUUGCAGCUUGUUGCCAGACCUCCUUAAUCAGUAAGGGAUUGGACAAAACCAUCUUUUUUUAGAGUCUGAGUUCUGCACAUUGGUACUACAGAGACACAAGA